AUGGGUUUCUUCUCAUUGUUUCUUGUGGCUUCUAUGCCAGUCGUCCAGGUCCUGCUCAUAGGUGCCAUUGGAGCUUUCCUGGCUUCCGGUUUCAGCAACGUUCUGACGACCAGUGCUCGAAGGGAUAUGAACAAGGUUGUUUUUACUGUAUUCACCCCAUGUUUGAUGUUCGCCAGCCUCGCGAAGACGGUCACGCUCGCGGACGUCAUUUCUUGGUGGUUUAUGCCAGUUAAUAUAGGGAUCACGUUCAUGAUUGGUGGCACUCUGGGUUGGAUAGCUUGCAACAUCUUGAAGCCACCACAGCACUUUAGGGGCUUGAUCAUGGCCUUCUGCUCAGCAGGAAACCUUGGAAACCUGAUACUCAUAAUUGUCCCGGCUGUAUGCGACGAAGAUGGGAGCCCGUUUGGGAAAGAUCCAAGCAUUUGCCGCUCACGCGGUCUCUCGUACUCGUCCUUGUCCAUGGCUCUGGGUGGGAUUUUCAUAUGGACACACACGUACAGCCUCAUGCAGAAGUCAGGUAAGCUGUAUCACAAGAUGCAUUCCAAAAGCAUCCAGUGCCCAGCCGACAGCGACGAGGAGCAUUCAGCUGCCGACGCUGACGAGGAGGCACCUCUUCCGACGUCAAUUAAGCCUGGCGAGCACGAGCACGAGCACGGGGAAGAAAACCAAAUUGAGGCCCCUCUCUUGUCCUGUGAGAGCGAGGUCGCUGACAAGGGGUUCUGGACGAAUCUGAAGGACGCUGUCCACAAGUUCAUCGAGGAGCUGAUGGCGCCACCCACCAUAUCCGCAAUAAUUGGGUUUGUUGUUGGCCUGGUCCCAUGGCUAAAAUCCCUAAUCAUCGGUGACGGAGCUCCUUUUAAAGUUGUACAGGAUUCCCUCCAGCUGAUGGGCAAUGGCGCGAUUCCUUGCAUCACCCUCAUCCUAGGUGGAAACCUGACUCAAGGGCUUCGGAAGUCGGGGCUCAAGCGUAGGGUGAUCGUCACGAUCCUGUGCAUCCGCUUCGUGCUCCUCCCCCUGAUCGGGAUCGCCGUCGUCCACGCCGCGUACGGGCUCGGGUUCCUCUCUCGCGACCCGCUGUACCGCUACGUGCUGAUGGUGCAGUUCGCCGUGCCUCCUGCGAUGAACAUCGGAACCAUGGCUCAGCUGUUCGACGUUGGACAAGAGGAAUGCUCCGUGAUCUUUCUCUGGACGUACCUCGUUGCCGCGGUUGCGCUGACGACGUGGUCGACGAUCUUCAUGUCCAUUCUGUCUUGA